UAGACGUAGUGGCAAUAGUAUAGUAACGUCACUAAUUGAUAACAAUUUUACGAAGGUGUUGUCGGUAGCAAUAAUUAAGCAAAUCAUAAAGUUACCAAUUAGAAAUUUGUGUUUCUUAAUUUUUACCGCCGUCCUAUUUAUAGCGUACAAAGUGAGUUUUUUCUAAUAAGAUGGGACUUAGAAGCAAUGCAUAAUAAAACCUUCAUAUUAUGUUUAGCAUAAUAUACCAAAGACCAAUGAUAUGUGAAAUUUAAAACUCGGUAUCCAUAGUAACAAUAUCUAGUUUACUGCUUUCUGUCCAACUAUAAAAAAGUAUUUCUUAUUUUGGGCUGCUUAACAAGAACCCAAGAGGAAUUAAGUUCUAUUAUUUUUUACUUGUAAGAAAUAAAUGUUUCGAUUACUGCAUUAACUUUAUAAAAAUACGUAGUAUAAAUUACGCGAAAUGCCUAUUUUAGUUAAAGACUUCACUUGGUCUCAAACUAAUAAUGCAAUAAACAUAAGAAUUCCCUUGGAUCCAGUAUAUCGUGAGGCAGUAGAUAUUUUUACAACUGAUAAGUAUAUUAAAGCACAUUUUAGACCAUACCUAUUUGAAAUUUUUCUGCUAAAUGAGGUAAACAGCGAGAAAAGUAAAUGCACACUGCAAGAUGAUUUAAUCGUAUUUGACCUAAUAAAGAAAGAACAGGUGGAUUGGGAAGCCUUAGAAAAAUUACUAACCAAAGAUGAAAAAGCCAAACUGAGAGCAGAGAUGCUCGCUGAAUGCCAAGAAAAGGCUAAGAAAGAAUCUGAAGAGAGAGCUAUAAGAAAAAGUCAGUUAAAUAGAUUUACUGUACAACAAGCCAUGGAAAUCGAUACUAAGCAACAUACACUUAUGGAUUCUAGGAGAGAUGAAGAACGUAAUAAAGCUAUGAAUGAGUUGGAAAAAUGGCGAUCGAAGACGGGUACAGAAACAUAUGAUUUACAUAGUAUGGAUGCUAUAACUGAUACAAAUAGUACUUCUAGUGUGAAGAUAGUAGAGUUACCUAACGAUGAGCCAGAAAUAAAAACGAAAAUAUCGAAAAGGAAAACUGUAAUUAAGACACCGGUAAAAACGCCUGUUAGGUCAGAGUAUGUUGAAAAAAAGAAGCAGGAAAUAGGUAAUCGAGUUCUACCAAACUUACGGCAAAGUGGUCUAGUGGAGAUUAAGCACACACCAAGGACUUUCCCAACUCCUAGUAGAGAGUCAACGGCACAGGAAGAGGAGGCUUGGUUAAGAAAUAUUACACACGCUAGACGAGCUACGGGGUUUGUAUCCGAAGAUUUGCGUCCCGAAGAACAGGACCCUCAAUGGUGCAAGGAAAAGGGGGACGAGUUUUUCAGAACCGGCAACUUUCUAGGAGCUAUAAGUGCAUAUACACACGGCAUCACAUUAUCUGAUAAACUACCUAGUUUGUACUCAAAUAGAGCAGCUACACAUUUUGCGUUAGGCAAUUUUAAUAAAUGCGUGACCGAUUGUUCUACUGCUUUAGACCUGAUGAAGCCGGCCUGCGAGGGUAAUAGAAGGAGUAGGGCAAAAUGUAUUGCACGUCGCGCUGCAGGGCUAGCACGAAUAGGUCUUCUGAACAAAGCUAUUGAUGAAAUGAAAGCUGCGGCAAAACUACUACCGGAUGAUGAAAAUAUAAAAAAAGAUAUUUAUGACAUGGAGAGAGCUUGGGAACAAAAUCCUGAUUCAGAGUGAACACAAGGCAUUCGCUAAAUCAAAAAUUUAUUUCUAACAUGUGAACAAAUAUAAAUAAUGUUUAGGAAUAUAAUACAAUAUCUAUAGAAUUAAAAUGC